AGUAAUUCUAGGGGCACCUAGAUGAUUCGAUUAUUUUGUGCAGCUCAACUGGUUAAAUUUUAAUUAACAUACAUUCCUGUCGCCUUUCUCCCGACUGUGUUCCAUCAUCAUUUGCCGCGUAUGGGGAAAUUACCUGACUGAGAGCUAGAUACAACAGACUGUCAAGAUACCAGCCUGCUGGGAGAAGAGAUGGACCGGCUCCGGGAGACUGUUGACCGGGAUGUCAGAGCUCCUCUUGCACGUUUGUUCUCCUCCGCCGCUAGAAUCAUCGGCCAGGACAGCACUAAUUCGUCCUUCUCCAACGGUUACGGGCGUCUCAGUAACUACGAUUUCGGUCAAGUGAAAGAGGAGGACGCUGGUUCCGAUGCGGACGUUGAUUCCGAUGAUGACGAAUUUGCCAUGAGAACAGAAUACUGCUGUUACCUUCACUGUGGAGAUUACGAGGACUUCAAAGAAAACAGUACUCUGAAACUCCUCUCUAGCUUGGAGGUGAUUGGAUCUCGGCAUGCGAGGAGGCUGUCUCAAGGGAUCAGGCGACAGUCCCUUGUAUCCGCUCAGCAGCCCUCACGCUCUUCCAUACACCGCAAGAAGUCGCUAGGUUCACGGACCGGAUCCCUUAUCGGAACUAUCCUAGAGAUCCCCUCCUCUGAGAAGAGUGUUGAUAGUCUCCUGACAGACCUCAACCCCUUCGGAAGGUUCCAUAAGAUCGUCCUUCUCCUUCUCUUCUGUGGGGCGGCACCAAUUGUUGGCUUCCAGAACUUCGUGCUAGAAGCCCAGUCCAUCAUCCCCCAAUGGUCCUGUAUCUCCCCUGCCUGCUUUAACCUAACAAGAUCCUACACCUACACCCACUACAACCCGGACACUAGUCAGAUACUGUGCAGUCUGGGGAGGAGCGAGUGGGAGUGGGAUAGUAUCCUCUACAACGCUGUGUCUCAGUGGGAUAUCGCCUGUUCUAGUGGCAAACUAAUACUGGAGACGGUGUUCCACGUUCCUGGAGGCAUACUGGGAGCUCUGAUAGUAUCUAGGAUAGCUGAUAGGAUGGGGCGGAGAUUAUCAUUCCUCGUGUCGCUAAUCAGUUGUCUCACUGUGGGAACCAUGAUUUCGUCCUCCCAGUUUUUCGAGGCGUAUGUGACAUUUCGUCUGAUUCUGGGAACCUCGCUUGUCUGUAUUCACCUGAUCAACUAUAUCUGGACUUUGGAGCUUUUCAGCAAUUUCAGCAGACCCUUUGCUAACGCCGCUUACGAUUUCGCCAGGCUGAGUCUAGUGCCGCUGUUAGCGCUGCUCAACAGUUACGUGAGAUCCUGGAACUACCUUCAUCUAGCCUCUGUUAUAACCCUACUUAGUGGUAUACUCGUCUUCUUCGCUAUCCCUGAAUCUCCUAGAUGGCUGUUAUCCAAGGGUAAUGUGGAGGGAGCUGAGAAUGUGUUAAAAGCGAUAGCAAGAAGGAAUGAUGAACAGUAUCCUCUGAGAGUGGUUCUCAAAUACCAUCCUACUGAUAAGACUAAUUUGCGGAAGAACGCUAAGUGUCAGAGUCUCACAUACGCAGUACUAGUAGUGUUAUGGUCCGCUGUACAUCUCGCUUACAUGUGCAUCAAACACAACGUCAUUCACUUUAGCGAUGAUAUAAAUAUCUGCGAGGCAGUUUACUCCGUAUCUGGGUUGCCCCUGAUUCUGCUAGCUGGGCUGUACAUGUGUAAUAAACUUGGAAGAAGAUGUACUUUCCUUGUCUUGAUAUGUCUAGCUCUAUUCUUCAGUAUACUGACCAUAAUACCAGUACAAGUAAAACCCAACAUUCCAUUCUCGUCCGUAAUGCCGAUAGUAGCUACUUACGGUAUCUUCCCGGCGGUUAUCUCCGUGCUGUCCCUGUGGAUAGUGGAGCUGGUACCUACCUGCCAUAGGAUCUGUGUUGUUAGUCUGUUGUUAGCUGUUAAAUGUGGGCUAACAACUCUCACUGCCGUCCUUCUCCCACUCAUUGACAGCAGGUAUGGGUUUACGAGCGUAAUAUUGACGAUAAUAUUCAUCGUUAUCAGCGUGUCCCUAGUACCUCUUGUUUCAGAAACUAAGGGACUGGAAAUGUUGGAGAUUCCUGAAUCAGAGAAGAAGUCUACGCGAGGGAUGACCUUAAUCAAGAAGAAACUAAGCACAAUACAUUCUCAAGUCAAAACUACAGAUAUCGAUAUUGAACAAGACAAUAAAACACUCGAUGGUGCCAAUGAGUGGACACCUCCGAGUCCCAUACUGUUUUAAAUUUAAAGAUAAUUGUUCUUAUUUGUUAAUUUAUGCUUCUUGUAACACAUAUGUCGAUAUUCAGAUUUGAGUUAGGCAAAAUCUUGCAGUUUAUUUCCUCAAUGACGUGCUACUAUGUAGUAAAUUAUGUAAAAAUACAAGCUAAAUAAUUGUUUAAUUUGAUUUAUUUAUAAGUUAUUAUUUAAGUAUACAUAUUUGAGGGUAUCUGGCCCGUAUUAUUUGUAUUGUAACGCAUUUAUUUUAUCUCACGCCC